GACUUGGCCUAUCACGCAACUUUAUAUUGGAUGUCCCGUCAAGGGAAAACUAAAAUAUUACUACACACACGUGUUACGGUAAAGAACGAGGUUAUCCCAACGGACGGCGUCUGUAAGGGGAGGAUCAUAUUACAGGACCCGAAGGAAAAGCAAGCCCUUACUUCUCAAGCUGUUAUCGGCUAAGGCUAGCAUCUUGUUUUGUGUUGGUAGUGAAUUAAUUCUGGAAAUAUGUGCCCCGUGUGUGACCCAUAGUGUAACGUAGAAGUUGGUGAACCGUAUACAAAGAGAGUGUGUAUUAUCUUCAACCAAUACUUUGUAAAUAAUGGAUUUCUUUUUCGACUUAUUUGAUUCUGAAAAGAAGAGAAGGGCAGCCCAACAGCAGGCAGACAAUCGAAACAGGACCGGAAGUGGAGGCGAACUACCCCCUCUCAGAAUCGAAGGAAGGGGCCAUCAUGCUUUUAGUUUCAGAAAAUAUGACACACGGGAUACGAAUCGUGUCCGAGACGAACGAACAAAGCGGGAAUUGCACCGUUUGUAUUUAUGGGAUAUCAAGGAGUUUCUAACUAAAGCCAGAGAAGAUUUCACACACAAAUGGGAUCACCCGCAACAGAACACAGCCUGCCUUGAUGACUUCGACCGGAUAAAGACCCUGGGUACAGGGUCAUUUGGUCGGGUCAUGUUGGUGCAACAUAAGCAAAACAGAGAAUACUAUGCCAUGAAAAUCUUAGACAAACAAAAGGUUGUGAAAUUAAAACAAGUAGAGCAUACUUUGAAUGAAAAGAGGAUUUUGCAAGCCAUCAAUUUUCCAUUCCUUGUUAGUUUAGAGUAUCAUUUCAAGGACAACUCAAAUUUGUAUAUGGUGUUGGAGUUUGUGACAGGUGGAGAAAUGUUUUCACAUCUCAGGAGAAUAGGAAGAUUCAGUGAGCCACAUUCCCGGUUUUAUGCAGCUCAAAUAGUAUUGGCAUUUGAAUAUCUCCAUUAUUUGGAUCUCAUUUACCGAGAUCUCAAGCCAGAGAAUUUACUAAUUGACUCUCAUGGCUAUCUUAAAGUGACAGACUUUGGAUUUGCUAAGAGAGUAAAAGGCCGUACCUGGACACUGUGUGGUACUCCUGAAUACUUGGCACCAGAAAUUAUCCUCAGCAAGGGCUACAACAAAGCAGUGGACUGGUGGGCAUUGGGAGUCCUGGUGUAUGAAAUGGCAGCAGGUUAUCCACCCUUCUUUGCUGACCAACCUAUACAGAUCUAUGAAAAGAUUGUCUCUGGCAAGGUACGAUUCCCCUCGCACUUCAGCUCAGAUCUUAAGGAUCUAUUGCGUAACCUUCUUCAAGUGGACCUCACAAAACGAUAUGGCAACCUCAAGAAUGCUGUCAAUGAUAUAAAGAACCACAGAUGGUUCCAAUCCACAGACUGGAUUGCUAUCUACCAAAGAAAGGUGGAUGCUCCCUUUGUACCAAAAUGCAAAGGCCCUGGGGACGCAAGUAACUUUGAUGAUUACGAGGAAGAACCACUGAGAAUAUCAUCAACAGAAAAGUGUGCUAAGGAAUUUGCAGACUUUUGAGGAUGUAGAAACAGAAUAGUAAACCCCCAUUGGUUGUUCUCAUCAAGGUAAAGUGUUGUCACUUGAACAUCUCGGUGACAGAUCUCAUCAAGCAUCGAUAAAUCCCACAUGUGCAAUACAUGCAGUAUGCAGCUUGAGCAGGGAGUGAACAAUGAUUUGUUGUGGCAAAGAGUUCAAUAUUUAUGUUAAACCAACAAAAAACUGGCCAAAUUAUGUGUGUAGCCUGCAAAGACAGACUGAUCAAAUCAUUAUUUAAUGUUUCAGUUGUUUGUGGACAUGUCUGUGAUAUUGGGUGUUCAAUCCCAGUCAGACUGCACAUGUGAAACUGGCUGUUGAUUGACGUAGAAACGAUGGAAGGCCCCAAUGAUGGGCGAGUGUAUGACUGCAUACACAGUGACUGUCCAAGGCUAUGAUAUGAUAUUACAGGAAUUGUGGCCAUAUCGGCAGAUGUGAUGGGAAUGUUUGGCAUUUAACACCUGUGCUACAUGAUCAAGAUGAUCAAGUUAUAUUAACAUUGAUCAGUGUUUGUUUUGAGCGACAUACAGAUACAUCUUCUUAGAAUGUAUAUGACUAUUGUAUUUUGUUAUGGAUGAAGCUGUACAUAAUUUACAAAUUUUACAUAUUUCAGAUGGAUUUUUAUACUGAAUGAAUGACUGUUUUAAUCAAGUUCUGCUGUACUAUAUAGGUGUUCACUAGUCUUGGUCGAGUAGUGAAUUUUUUUUUUCUCUCAUUUACCUCCUCUUUCCUGAUGCCAAUUUAUCUGUGAAGUUUGUCUUAAGGUGUUAAAAUAAAUGGUCUGUGUUGGCUGUAACAACUUGCUUCACUAUGAUUACCGGUAAUGAUACUUGGCUCAUGUUCACAUUAUAAAACUUACAAUUGGUAGCUCCAUGACAAGAUAACAAACAGAGAUGUAAUACCAUUGUUGUGUUGUCAAAAUACAUAUUCAACAGCCAAACUUCAAAGCAAAUAGAUGUUGGGUUAAAAAUUGCAAAUUAUGAAAUUGUAUUUGUUUUAGUUUUUUAAUGGGGCAUUUGAGUUAUAUAACUUAAAUGUUUGUGUUGUUCUUUAAAUUAUUCUUUGAUAUUUUGGUGGAAAUGGGUGAUAAAUGACACAAGGUUAUCAGUCACAUUAUUUGAAUUGGUGUUUCCAGCAAAAGAGUAUGUGUGGGAAAUGAGUGCUCUUAUUCAGCAUAACUUAUUUUUGUAUCUCUUUGAAUGUCAAUUUUCAUUGUCCCAUCUCACUUGGAGCUGGUGCUGAUUUAUAUCGUGUUUGCAUGACUGCAAGUUUCUCUCAAAAGUAUGGGUUAGAAGAAUCAAUUCAGUCUCAUCAUCUGUUAUUUAGCAUUUUAAACCUCAUCUAAUUGUAACAACUAGUUACACCAAGUAUGAAUUUCUUAACAAUAUUAGAAAGUGGGAACAUAUAUUGAAAAAAUAAGUUGUGCAAAUUUUUACAAACACCUGUACUAGUUUUCUUGAGCACAAGUCAUAUAAGAUUGACAUUUCCAGAAACGGUGCUCAACAUACCAUUUCGGAGCUGUUCAUAAACAUUGUAAAAGAUGUGGUUUGUUAUCUGUCAGUUUUGUAAUUAUUGUGUUGUUUCUUUUGGUCACAUUCAGUUAUUUUCAUAAAUAUUUCAUUAGAAAAUUUGAAUGCUGAUUCAAAAUAUUGCACACCUGACAAUUUCUUCGGACGUAUGGUUCAGUAACCAAGCAGAAGCUAUAAGGUAGAAUGUGUGGUUAUGUGAAUUUACUGUUACAAGUUAAAUACAUGUUCAGUGCCGUGCUUAUUGUAGUGUCGCAGAUCUGAAUCAAUGCCAAGUAUCAUUUUAAUAUCUAGUGUUUUUUUUGUCUAAAGUAACAUUUUAACAUCUUGUGAUAUUUUCAAAAUUUUACCAUUUUACUGGUAAAUUGAAAAUAGCCAUAAGUGUAUAAUUAUUUCAAUUGAAUCAUAUAUAAUUAUUAAUAUUAUUACUAUGAAAGCAUUUGUUUUAAGUUCUGAGUCAUAAUUAAGGUAAUAAUAAAUAAGAAAACUGCAGAA